GUAAAAGCUGCUGCUUGGUGCUGUGGUCGUCACACUUAUCAUCCCUCGCUUUGAAUAAGCAGUUAAGCCCAGCCAGCAGCUAUGGAGCCCAACAUCAUCCGAGAGGGAUAUCUGGUAAAAAAGGGCACUGUGCUGAAUUCAUGGAAAGUGGUGUGGGUGGUGUUAGCGGAUGAUGGAAUAGAGUUUUACAAGAAGAAGACAGACAGCAGUCCAAAGGGCAUGAUUCCAUUAAAAGAAGCGGUGAUGACCAACCCGUGCCAGGACUUCAGCAAAAGAACGUUAGUGUUCAAGGUGACCACAGGAAAGAAGCAGGACCAUUUUUUCCAAGCAACCCACCUGGAGGAGAGAGAGGUGUGGGUUAAAGACAUCAAGAGAGCCAUUACUUGUUUGCAGGGCGGAAAGAAGUUUGCCAGGAAAUCUACCAGGAGGUCAAUUCGAUUGCCUGAAACAGUUAACCUGAGCGAGCUGUACAUUUUGAUGAAAGACCAAGACACAGGAAUUAAAGAAAUGAAAGUGGAAAAAGACAAGAAGCUUUUCAACCACUGCUUCACUGGUGACACAGUGAUUGACUGGCUGAUCUCUGAGGGGAAGGUAAGGAACCGGACUGAGGGUGUGAUGCUGUCCACAGGGCUGCUGAACGAGGGCUAUCUGCAGCCGGCUGGAGAGCUGUCCAAAUCAGCUGUGGAAAGCAACACGGAGUCUGCAUUCCUGGACCAGACGGACGCUCUGUAUUACUUUGCAGAAAGUGGCUUCUUCUGUGAAGGCUACUCGAGUGAUGAGGAUGUGCUUGUAAAAGAAGAGUUCAGAGGAGCCAUAGUAAAGCAGGGCUGUCUGAUGAAACAGGGCCACAGGCGAAAAAACUGGAAGGUGAGAAAAUUUAUCCUGAGAGAUGAUCCUGCAUUUAUCCACUACUAUGACCCCACCAAGGGUGAGGAGGAUCCUCUUGGUUCGAUUCACUUGCGUGGAUCUGUUGUGACUGCGGUGGAUUACGUGCCAGAUGUUCAGUGAUGACCAAAAAACCAAAAAAACAAACAAACAAAAAAACACGGAAGAACUGCGAACAUUGUCAAACAGCCACCCACCUUGUUAUACUUUUUGCCAGCUGGAUGAUGAUCUUGUUAUGAUAUUAACCUCAAGAUGAAAAUGCAAAUGACAUGUGAGCAUAUGUUCCAUCAUGGGCCUCAUGUGGGUCUCAGAAACUUACCAAGAGACAAAGUUGCUUGUAUGUACAAAAAAGGAAGCCAUCACAGGAUCACACAGGAUGUAAUAAUUUUGUCAGUGCUAACAUUUAAGUAUCCUCCAUAAAACUUGAUUAGAAUAUACAUCUAGGGGUGUAGAAUAUAAGGCUGGGGUUGUAAACACUGGUUGAGAUUAUGAACUGAAGAUUAGGAAAAAGCACAUGACUGUGGCUGAAGUCUGUAAAUUGCAAAAGAUAUAAACUGUAGUAAACCUGUUUACCCAUUUUUCAUUAGCAAUUCAUUAUUCAUCCACUAGAGGGGGUGCAGUGAUCUCACUAGUAGUCCCACUGAAUAAACCGUAAUUCCAGACCAGCAGCCAGUAGAACCAUUCGUUAAUCACCAAUAACUGCUUUAACCUGGUCAGGGUCAUGGUGGAUCCAGAGCCUAUUGCUGGAAAACAUUGGUUAUGAGGUGGAGACACACUUUGACUGGGUCUCUAGUGCAUCACAGGGGCCCGUGCGCACACGUACAUUCACACCUAGGGGCAAUUUAUCAUAGACCCCCGUUUACACCUGGCAUUAAAAUGAGUCCUGGGGGAUCGGAUUGUACAUCAGUUUUAUACUCAUUAUGAAAUUCAGUAAGCUGUUAUACUUUGUGGAUGGGGUCGUUAUCAUCCUGGAAGAGACUGCUCCCAGGUAAGAAAUGUUUAUCAUAGAAUAAAGGUGAUCAGUCAGAAAAACCUUUCAUUUGCAGUGACACUUUCAUUUAAGAGGAGAAGUGGACCCAAACCCAAAAAGCAUAACAGAGCCAUGUUUCCUUGAAUUUUUCGCCCAUCUUCAGGUUUACUUUAACACAACAAAAAUGCAAUAAUGCAUUACAGUUUCAUGCAAAAUUUGUGCAAUGGUCCAUCACCAACUUUCAUUUACAUGUAUGAGUACUUUGUGUCUAAAUAGAUUGUUUCUACAAUGAAUUUUAUGCAACUGAUCAUUAUUAUUUUUUUAAAUGCCAAGCACAUUAAUACAAUUUUAAUAAAGUGCACUUUGGUUUGCAAGUACUGUAACAUUUUAUUUAACAUUUAAAAAUCGCCAUUAGCAAAAUGAUUACAACAAUGUAGCACAAGCAUCCAUACAAGGCUCAAGUGUACAAUAACAUCAUAAAUGGGUGGCCAUUUUACCUUACAGGAUAUGGCUAUUUACUGCCUUCCAGUCUAAAUUAGCCUGGAAAAAAACCCAUUAAAUUUGGAUAUUUUUAAGUAGCCUAAUGUUUGCUUGUGGGCUACCAUUGUAAUUGCAAUACCUACAGUAGUUCACCCGUGCAGUUGCUAGAUGCAUACAUUUUGGACAGCUCUAAAAGGCUCUUUAAUUGUAAAAAAAAAAUAAAAAAAUAAAACAUGCUGAAGUAUUAUUAUCGAAUUUUAUACCACAGCACUGUUGAAU